CGCGAGAGUCAGUUGGUCGGCGACAGCGAUCGAGGUAGUCACGACAGUUCGUGUUUCAGUCGUGGCGAAUCCGGACGAACUCCGGAUGACGAGGAACAAAACCAACAUCUACCACAGAGACCAAUCUUGUAUCAUAAAUAUCCCGAUGAGUGGGCACGGUGAAUACAACUCAAGAAGCUUUCCAAUGAGGGAUGGCGUCAAGGCUUCGUUUUGGGGGCGAAGAACGCUGUUGGAGAAGCGUCUGAUCAUCGCUAGCGUGGUCAUUUCUAUAAUGGCCAUUGCCUUCCUCUUCGCCUUUUUAGCUUCUAUCUACAUGCGCUCUAAUGGAAUCAACUACUUGCCACAAACUAGUGAAAUGAGAAUUUCUUCCCCUCAAUCCAUGCCGCCCGCAGUUUUUGGAUCGGAUUACGAGAUUUGCUACUCACCGGGAUGUGUACAUACAGCUUCGAAGCUUCUAUCGAACAUGGAUCAAAAUGUGGACCCUUGCGAUGACUUCUACGACUUCUCUUGCGGUUCCUUCGAGAAGAAUACACGUAUACCUGACGACAAAUCCUCCGUCAAUACGUUCUCGAUAAUAACCGAUCAGCUGCAAGAACAGAUCCGAGCACUGUUGGAAGAACCAAUAACCGAAGGGGAACCGCAUCCCUUCAUCCUUGCCAAGACUUUGUACAAGGCUUGUAUGAAUAAGUCCGUGAUAGAGGCGCGCGGAGUAAAGCCCCUGCUCGAUAUUAUGAAGCGAUUCGGCGGCUGGCCGGUGCUGGAAGGCGACAACUGGAAUGAACACGCCUUCGCCUGGGACGACUCCGUGUACCGUUUCCGCACAGCUGGAUACUCCGUCGACUACUUCCUCGACUUUUCCAUCAGUGUCGACGUCAAGAACUCUACUAAGAGGAUCAUCGACUUGGAUCAGGCGUCGCUAGGGCUCAGCCGGGAGUACCUCAGUCACGGCUUCAACGACAAGCUGGUGCAAGCAUAUUACUCUUACAUGGUCGACAUCUCAGUGUUGCUCGGAGCCGACAGAAAACGAGCGGAAACUGAACUCAGGGAGUCGCUCGAUUUCGAAAUCACACUCGCCAAUAUUUCCUUGCCAUUAGAGAAACGACGUAACGCGACAGCUCUUUAUAACCCUAUGACUGUUACACAGCUGCAAAAACGUUUCCCAAAAGUCGAUUGGAUGAAAUACAUAAACCGGCUGCUGGCUCCUCACGUCUCUAUCGAUAUGGACGAGGUUGUUAUCGUCAACGUUCCCUCCUACAUCACCAGUCUGGAGCAAUUCUUGGAGAGUACGCCUAAGCGCGUGCAGGCUAACUACGUGAUGUGGCGCGUAGCGGGCGCCUCGGUCUCUUACCUAACGGAUGAGCUGCGACGCCGCCAGCUGAGCUACGUCACCGUGCUCUCCGGAAAGACGGAACGCGAGAGCCGCUGGAAGGAGUGUGUUGAUACCACCAGCAUGAGCUUGUCUAUAUCUGUGGGUGCGCUGUACAUCCGUAAGUAUUUCAAUGAAGACUCAAAGAAGAACGCCUUGGAGAUGGUGAAGGACAUCAGAGAGCAGUUCCGCCGCACCUUGGAGGAGGUUGAGUGGAUGGACGAUACGACGCGCCGCGCCGCCCUUGCCAAAGCAGACGCGAUGGCCGCACACAUCGCAUACCCUGACGAAAUGCUCAACGAUGAAAAACUGUCAGAGUUCUAUGAAGGGUUGGAGAUGUCUGAGGACAAGCUGAUGGAGUCGGUUCUGAACCUGACGUUGUUCGGCACCGACUACCUCUUCCAGAAGCUGCGGCAGCCCGUCAACAAGACGGACUGGGUGACGCACGGCCGACCUGCCAUCGUUAACGCAUUCUACUCCUCCAUAGAGAACAGCAUACAAUUCCCUGCGGGCAUUCUACAAGGAGCGUUCUUCUCAGCUCUGCGGCCGGCCUACAUGAAUUACGGCGCAAUCGGCUUCGUAAUCGGACACGAGAUCACACACGGCUUUGAUGACCAGGGACGUCAAUUCGAUAAGGAUGGUAACCUGGUGGAUUGGUGGCAAGAGGAGACGAAGCAGAAGUAUCUAAAGAAAGCUAAAUGCAUCAUUGAUCAGUACUCGAAUUACACUGUUGAAGAAGUUGGUCUUAAGUUAAACGGCGUGAACACUCAGGGUGAGAACAUAGCAGACAACGGCGGUAUCAAGGGAGCCUACUACGCGUACGAGGCCUGGACCAAGAGGCACGGCGAGGAGCCACGCCUUCCAGGAUUAGAGAAAUACACGCCAAAACAGUUAUUCUGGCUGAGCGCGGCGAGCACGUGGUGCUCGGUGUACCGCAAGGAGGCACUGAAGCUACGCAUCACGACCGGCUUCCACGCGCCAGGCCGCUUCCGGGUUCUAGGCCCUCUCUCCAACAUGGAGGAGUUCUCCCGAGACUACUCCUGCCCCCUCGGUUCGCCCAUGAACCCAAAGAACAAGUGCAAGGUUUGGUAGUUCACCGCCGACCCUCCCUCAGAGGGUACCAAAAAACAAAAAGCUCCCAAAGCACCCAAAGCACCCAAGAAAAAAAUGUUCAUGAGAAAUUCAUUGAGAGUUCCCAGCCACUUCCUAUCCUACCUCUAUCCACAGAACAGUCAUUACUUAGAGUAUAUCAAGUCUACAACAACUCAGCCACCGAAAACGACUAAGAAAUACCGAUGUCCUCCGCCGCUGAAUACGCGAAAGUCUCCUAGUAACUACCCCGGUUGUUGAUCCGUUUUUCUGAAUCUUUACCACGGAGAUUAAGUUCGCCAUAUACUUUAUGACCUAGAGAUCAUUAAAAUACUUCUGAUAUUUUAAGUUGACACUUAUCAGAAAAUCAUAAAAAGUUUGACGAGCUUACACACAGACAUAUCGAACGAAAUUAUACAACUCAGCUUUUUAUUUCGUUACUUUUGUGAAACAAAGCUCUGAACUGUGUGCAUUCAAAUUUAAUUAUUGUGU